AUGUCCUGUACUUUUUGUAAGUCGUAGCCAUCUGCCCUCUCUCCCACAGACGUCCACCAACUGCUGGGCUGCGGGAGCGCAGCCAAAUUUCCGGUCGCUUCUCCACCCAAUUUCCACUAUUCGCGUCUACCGUGUUAUCCCUUCGCACCGACAGCGCUCAAGAUUGUUAUAUACUUUGGCUUUAACUUGUUCUGACGCCCAAGAUUACCUUUCCUCGUUUCGAGGGAUAAAGCGAAACGAUUCCCACCGAGUAUGUCAUCCCAGUGUAACGAUACUCAAUGGCUUCAGCAGACGACGUUUCCCGCUGGCGAAGCAAAGUUGGAACGCCGUCCUCCAGGGCAUGAUGUCCGUGAUAUUGUCCUCGCCAAUCUCGCCAGGGCCCUCUACGAGAGAUUCGAGAAAGAGCGUAAAAUCGACGACCUCAACGAGGCGAUCACUUUCCACCGUGCUGCUUUGGAACUCCGACCCCUCGAGAAUGACAAUGGGCUUUGUCACUUCGGCUGCCUUGCCCUUUGUUUUUCGAAGAGAUACGACGCGCUGCGGGUACUUAGUGACUUGGAGGAAGCCAUCAUCCUUCGACGGGCAGUGCUAGAGCUCCGUCCACUUGGGCAUCCCGAUCGCGCCGCUUCUCUCUACAAUCUCGCUUGCGACCUCCUGGUAAGGUUCCAGAAACAAGCUGACAUGCACGACCCAGAGGAGGUGAUCGAGCUGCACCGUACAGCUUUGGAACUACAUCCCUCUCAACAUCCUCAGCGCUCCUCAUCGCUCUGCCAACUAGCUAUCUGUCUUUCGAGUAGAUACGACAAUCAGGACACAGUUGCCGAUCUGGAAGAAGCUGUGACACUCGGACGCGCCGCACUGGAGCUCCGUCUACCAGGACAUCCUGGCCGUGCUGAAGUUCUCCAUAAUCUCGCUUGCGACCUCAGGAAGAAGUUUCAGAGGCAAACCGACAUACGCGACUUAGAGGAGGCGAUUGAGCUUCUCCAUGCAACCUUGGAACUACGUCCCUCUGGACAUCCUCAACGGUCCUCAUCGCUCCAUCAACUUGCUAUCUGUCUUUCGGGUAGAUACGACAAUCAGGGAACAGUUACCGACCUAGAAGAAGCUGUGACGCUCGGACGUGCCGCACUGGAGCUCUGUCCAGCAGGACAUCCUAGUCGUGUCGUAUCUCUAUACAACCUCACCUGCAACCUCGUGGCGAGGUUCAAGAAGCAAGCUGACACACGCGACUUAGGGGAGGCGAUUGAGCUGCAUCGUGCAGUUUUGGAACUAUGGUGCACUUCACUUAGUCACCGCCACUUUGGUACAGACGCAAAAUCAGCCAGCGAACGAACGGCGUAGGGGUUCAGUAGGCGCUGAGAAGCUCCGAAAGUUGGACUGGCAGCCAAGCGAAGGGUCGAAGUUCAACAUUGCCUUUUUCCAU